GCUUCGUCUUCACCGCAUGCACUUGUUCUGCGAAUGCAAUUUAGUGUGGCAAUCAAGGCAGGCGAAGUCGAUGCAUGCACAUGAGCUCGAAACGUAUCAAAUUGCGAGUUCACCACCUCCAAUUUAUCUGCACGCUUCUCUGUUUUGCACGGGGUUUCCUGCGCGCAUUCAGGCUGUGGAUGACGUGUCAGCUUGGUGCUGGGACAAAGAAGCAUUGACGUGGAAAGGGAUAGAAUUUCACGACAAAUUGACGGAGCCUGGCAUGCUUCGGCUUGUUCUCACCAACACAGCCAAAUCUUCCAAGAUAGCCCUUCAAGUUUCUGGAGAGAACGAUUCACCGGUGCUGAUUCGCGAGGUUGUUCUGCGGGCAGACUCCACCCAAACAGAACUCCCGUCGAAGGUUGCACAGCCUUGCCCGCCUGGAACGUACCAAGAUGAGCAAAGGCAGACUGCAUGCAAGCAGUGCCCAGCAGGCCAGUUCUGUUCUUCGUUCAAAACAGAGACUCCAACGCCCUGCCCAGAGGGUCACUACUGCCCACCAGGAACGGUCUCUCCCCAUUUAUUUCCGUGUCCUCUCGGCACGUUCUCCAAUAAACAGGGUGUGGCCCGAGUCGACGAGUGCCAGCCUUGUCCUGCAGGCAGCUACUGCGCGUCUAGGGGUUUGACGCGCCCAACGGGCCUUUGCGAUGCGGGCCAUUUGUGCACUGGGAAGUCUUGGCUAGCAGCUCCGACCGUCACCUCUGUCAAUCCCGACAUCGUCGUGAUGGAAGAAGGGCAACCAAGGCUUUUCUCAGGUUUCGGGAUGCUCUGUCCAGUGGGUUUCUACUGCCUAGAGGGAGCACAGACACCGUCCGAAUGCCCUGCAGGAAGACAGACGGCAGCAGCAGGAGCGAUGAGAGAAGAGGAAUGUGUUCCUUGCGAGCCGGGCUUCUACUGCCCGGAACCCGGCGUUUCGUUGCCUUGCGAUGCGGGAUACGUUUGCCUAGAGGGAGCGACAACGGCAACGCCUGCAGAUACGACGACAGGAAAGCAAUGUGACGCAGGUUUUUACUGUCCACAAGGCUCCUUCAGGAUGCUUCCCUGUAGGCCCGGUACAACGAGCGCAGAGGGCGCCAGCUCUUGCACGCCAUGUGAAGCAGGCAAUUUCUGUCCAUGGCCGGGGACGCCAUCCGGAGACGCAGACGGCGUCAAACAAUGCCCAGCUGGCCACGCCUGUCCGGCAGGAAGCAGUCGCCCCAUACCUUGCCCUGUCGGCACCUUUCAGAAUGACGCAGGUGCAGAAGAAUGCAAUCCCUGUCCGGAGGGCUUCUACUGCGGGGAAGGGGGUUUGACAGCGGCAACGAAGAAGUGCUUUGUAGGAUUCGUCUGUGGAAUGGGCGCCUCCACUCCAUCAGACUGGGACAACGUUUACGGGGUCGACGGCGCCAGCAGCGGCCGGUGCCCUAAGGGCCACAAGUGCAGCACGGAGGGUGGGCUGCCUGUGGCUUGCGAACCUGGGACAUAUCAGGACUCAACGGCAUCCACCGAAUGCAAGAUUUGUCCUCCCGGCAAGUUCUGUAGCACUGCAGGCCUUCACGAGCCGUCUGGAGACUGCGAGGGUGGCUUCUUCUGCAAGGCUGGAGCAAAGACAGCUCGCCCAGCCACCGAGGCUGAGGGGGGGGGCAUUUGCCCCGUUGGGUGGGUUUGUCCCCAAGGUUCUGCGGCGCCUCAGGGAUGUCCGCCAGGACAGUACACUAACAGGAGGGGACAGGAAACCUGUCAGCUGUGUCCCGCGGGAAAGUUCUGUUUGAAGGCAGGCGACCCGCCUCAGGUCUGUACGAGCGGACAUGUGUGCGACGGCGGGAGUGGAGUAGGAAACCUUUGCCCUGCUGGUUCAUACUUCAAGAUAUCGAGCGAGGCCACGACCAAAGGAUCUUGCUUUCCAUGCACAGUCGGCCACUACUGCCGCGCGGGCCAGAUUGCCGGACCCUGUGCACCGGGCUUUCUCUGCGGCCUGGGGAACUGGUUGCCGAAUCCGAAUGCUGACUACAAGCCUCCAACCCCAUUUAUCCCACAGUCUGAAUCUUUCUCAGCAGUUCUGCUUACCCUGGAAAACUGGAGACAACUGGAGGCGGGAACCGCUCUCUACGGGGGCAUUCCUUGUCCGGCUGGGCAUUACUGCGUAGCUGGAGCGACAGCACCCGCCGCAUGUGGCAGGAACACAGCGAGGCUGGAGACGGGAGGACGAUGGAAAAACGACUGCAGUCCUUGUCCGGCUGGAUACUUUUGCAAAGACGACGAACCCGUCCCGUAUCCAUGCCCGCGCGGAUACUACUGCCCCUUCGCUUCGAGGGACCCGACACCCUGUCCCCAGGGGACACUCAGCUCUAGAGAGAAGGCAGAAAGCCUUGGAGACUGUGUCAGCUGCCCGUCGGGGUACCACUGCAAUGCUGGCACUUCAGAUCUUGCAGACGAUGGCCUACUCUGUCCUGCUGGGUACUACUGUCCAGAAGGAACAAAAGACCCCGUCCCUUGUAUGCCAGGCACCUACAACGCCUUCACGGGCGGUACAUCCGUGGACAGUUGCCUGCCUUGUCCCGCUGGAUUCUUCUGCAGCUCCGAAGGCACAGCGCGGCCUACCACCACCUGCCCCGCCGGUUACUAUUGCCCCGCGGGCUCCAUGUCUCCUGUGAUUUGCCCUCCGUCUAGCUACUGUCCACUUCAAUCAAGUGCGCCCAAGGCAUGCGCUAAAGCUGGAUUCUACUGCCCGCUUGGGACUCCCAGCCCAGAACCAUGUCCCUCAGGAGCUGUGUGUGUGGUGGGGGCCACAGAGCCCGCACUGUGCCCGAAGGGGACGUAUUUGCCGCCUUCGGCGCCGGGCGUCGUUGGCGGGUCUGAACAGGAAUGCAUCACCUGUCCUCUUGGCUCCUUCACCGACUCUUUCGGUUCGACAAGUUGUUCGAUCUGCUCCCCAGGCUUUCUGUGUUACGAAGGAUGCAGCUCUAGCCGGCCUGCAUCAAAGGAGACAGACAAAGGCCAGCCCUGCCCGCUGGGCCACUACUGUCUCCCGGGGGCCCUUGAAGCGUCACCGUGCCCAGCCGGGACGGCUGGAAUGAAAGAAGGACUGCGUGCAGAAGAGGACUGCACGCUUUGCCAGGCUGGAACGUUCAACGAACUUCCCGGCCAGUCCACGUGCUCGAUGUGCGGGGCGAGUUCGACAAGCGAUCCAGGCUCUCUCACUUGCAACUGCAAGGGAGAGAAUCGCAUGUUUCAACCCAGCGACAAGUCUUGUGUGUGCAAGCCAGGCUUCGUCUUUCUGAAAAACGGAGUUGACAUGGCUUCCGAAGAUGGCGAGGGAAACUGCUACCAGGUUGUUCACGAUCGCUGCGGAGUGGGAGAGUCCCGAGAUGCAUCUGGGGAGUGCGUGGAUCCCUCCUCCACCUGUGUGAAGCACUGCGGGGAAGGCGGAGGAGAGUUCAAUGAGGUUGCCGGGCUAUGCAUGUGCUUCAGCAGUCCGUCGCAGAUCGCAGAGUGCGACUUGACCUGUCAACGACAUGCGCCCCGCAUGCUCUUGUCAGAUGACAAAUUCAUUGUUGAAGAAACACAGAGUUCUGGAGACGUCCACACCCUCGCGGAAAUUCCUCUCGCGUCUCUGCGGCCGAAUCGCUUAGCAGGGACACCCACCUGCACACCAGGAGAGAGGUGCUCCGUUCAGCUUCAGGAUAUGACCACAGGUAAUAGCCGGACCAACGUAGACACAGCGAAAAAAAGCCCCCAUCUCUCUCGAGGGCAUUUUGUGUCGUCAGGGUGCCUCCCUGUUUUUUGA